AUGAAUACCGCACAAUCUAAAGGUUACUCCCCAACUCCAAAAUUUCUUUCAAUUAAAGACCUUGUAAUGAAAGAAAUGAUGGAUUACAUACUUGAACAAAAACAACUUCGAGCAGAUCAGCUUGCGAUAGUUGGCAAACUUAACAAGGCUGCAUCAUUCGCCCUUCCAGAAUAUGGGAUUGUCUUUACGGUAAUUGAAAAACUAGUACAAUAUGCUGAUGAAAAUGAAGCAAUUUGUGAUCAAUUUAUGGAACGAAAAAUUGACCGCGCCGUUCUAAAAUCCGCGGUCAACUCAAUGAAAUCCGAAAUAUCAGCCAUUAAAACUCGCAUUGAAUUAAUGAAGAAUAACGACACUCCUUUUGAUGAUCGAAAACUUGAAGUACCGUCCGCAUUCCAUUCUUGUGAGAAACUUCUAAGUGAUUUCGAAAACAAAGAUCAUGUCUUCUAUCAACAUCCGCUUAUCAGUACACCAUCAUUAAUUGCGCUCUCCCAUUUAUAUGUUUCGAUUUGUACUUAUGGGGUUGAACUUCUCCCUGCGUACACAGAAAUAGCUGAACAGGAAAAAGAACGACUAAGGGAAGUGCUUCGUGCUUAUAAAUUGAAUACCGUCAAGGAAAGACUCGGAAUGGUCAAAAUUACGCAGACGAUAACGAUGCCGUAUUAUGACGGCAAGAUUAAAGAUGAGAUGACCCAAUUAGCUAGAGCGGGGAGUUUCAAAAAUGCUCUGAGUAACUUGAAAAAGAAGACAAAAAGCCUAAAAUUCCAUGAGGUAGAUAUCGUCAAAGAUGGCUUUGGAUUUGAAAGCAAAUCUAAUGAAUUGCAUUAUUGGGAUCGUACACUUUGGGAACAUCAACAAAAAGUCGCGCAUAAUUAUGAUUAUUCAACAAUAGUGCGAAAUGCAUACGAGGAUUAUUUCGAUAAAAUUAUUGAUGCCACCUUUUAA